AUGGCUAGUUCAAAAGAACUAGCUGAACAUCUCAUGAGGAAUGGGGUGAAGCACCAUUCUCCACUCGACAGUUCCCUCGAGGACACAUCGCCAAUAUCACCAAUACCAUCGCGCGUCACUAUUCUUAGAGAAGGGUACGGUUCCCAAUCUAAUCCCGGGUUGCACGCCGUACAGGCACUGGGCGUCUCCCAUUUUGACGAAGACAUUACCUUCGCACAACGUUCCUGUUCCCCAGUCUCACUUGGGAACGAUAUCCAAAAAUCUAGCCUUGUGACUUUCAAGCCUCUUGCGCCUCCGAAUUGGGCGAGCUCGACGCUUAACGGGGGUCAAUAUGCCGAUGCCUAUACUCCCAGCACCAAGCACAACACGACGGAGGCCGCGGCAAGGGCCAUGACCAAAGCAAAAUCAUGCGAAAAUGCUAGAGCAGCGAUCGGGACCCGCAUCUCUACGAAGUCUACGUCAAACCACGGUGAACACUUGAAACGCAACCGCAACGCCGCCAAGCGAUUCCGUGAAAAGUGUAAAUCCCAGAACGAACAGCUCAAGUUAAAAUUCGAAGAGCAGUCCGCCCUUCACCGAAAGUUGCUCGCAGAUACAUAUCAACUGCGCUCCGUGCUAUCGGAACUACGUGACGAGGCCCUGAAGCAUUGGCAAUGUCGGGACGAGCGGCUCGCACAGCAUCUAAGGCACCUGGUGUAA